AUGCGUUCAGAAUGUUUUUGGAUCACAGUUUGUCAAUUACAUUGGCUUUUUACUGUGGUAAAGGGUAUUGUGAUUGAUCAACCGAUAAAAAUUCCAUCGUACGGGCCGUGUCAGCUUCCAUCGCCCAAUUCGGAUCGACCUGAGCAGCUUAAAGAGGUAGGGGAAUAUUUUUUUUUGAUAAUAUCGGUUUGUAUUUUUAAAUAUUUCAGCUAGUACUGAUACUUAAUGUUAAAUUUUUGGUACCCGAUAGUACUAGAUAGCACUAAAAAAGAUACAUACCUAUAAAUAAAUAGUAUUAGCUAGUGCAACACAUUGGAAAUACUGAUAUAUGCGAAACAAAAUACAUGUUAGGACUAUAUAACGUACUACAUAGUACUGUACAGAAGAAUAGGAUGUACUACAACCAAUUUAUAAUUUAUGAAAAAAUAGUACUAGAUAGUACUAUUCAGCACCAAAUUGUAUUAUCAGUACUGAGUGGUACUAUGUUGUACUAAAAAUUAUUUUUUCUAGUACAAAGUAAAUACCUUAAAAAGCCUAUUUUUAUAAAAUUCUCAGUACCAUUAGCCUUACAGUACCAAUAUCUCAAUACUAUAUCAAAAACCACGUUUUGUCACAAUAAAAAAUGACAUGCAAAUGUUGCAAUUACUUUUUAUGACGCCAAAGCAAACAAUGAUUUUUUGAAAAGUCGUUAACUACCAUAUUAUGCAUAACUUCUUUCGGCCGCUUUUUCGACCUAAACUGCUUAAAAACGGCUUUUUUGACUUAGAAAUGCUUGAAACGUUAAGAACGAAAGAAGGCUAGAUUGGCAUUUGUAAAGUACUUUUAGGGGAAAAAAAGUUAUUUGAAUUUAAAAUUAAAAAAUGAAAAUGAAAUUAUAAGGCUUAAAAGAAAGAACUUUGUUUACGACACAAAAAAUGGCAAGAACUUUCUUUACUAACCAAGAAAUGAUAAGAACUUCCCUUAAAAAGCAGAAAAUUGCAAGAAUUUUCUUUACAAAGCAAAAAAUGGCAAUAACUUUCUUUACAAAAUUAAAACCGAUAUUAUACAAAAUAUAAAAUUUUUUAUUCUAGUACCUCGAAGUUUGCAAUGUCAGAUCUCACCUGGAGUUCAUGUGUGACCUACAUCAUCAACUUAACCAGCUUAGCGUCUAUGCUAUUGCAAAAGCGGUAGAAACUCACAAAAGUGUCUUACAAACCAAUGGCAAACACAACCUCGGGAUAUUGUUAGGUAAACUAGCCCUAGCCCAGAGUUCUAGCCCAGAGCCCUAGCCCAGAGCCCUAGCUCAGAGCCCUAGCCCAGAACUCUAGCCCAGAGCCCUAACCUAGAGCCCUAGCCCCGAGCCCUAGCCUAGAGCCUUAGCCCAGAGCCUUGGUCAAGAGCCCUAGCCCAGAGCUCUAGCUAGCCCUAGCCCAAGCCCUUAUCCCAGAGCUUUAGCCUAGAAUCCUAGCUCUAGCUCUGGCCAGAUGAUCAGCUACACACUAUGGUUACAUCACUUUAUGACCUCGUUUUAGUCCGUCAACUAGCCCAGCCGACCAUGUUGGAUGCAGUGACAGAGAAAAGCGAGCUCUUUGGCUGUUUGUUUCAUACUCCUUGUCAGCCGAUGACACCUGAACUGGUUCACAAAUUCGUUUCUACCUCAAAAACCUUUACAAAAGUGAGAUAACAUCAAGUUUUAAACGUUUUUUGUUUGUAAAAUACGAUUUGUGAAAAAAAGAUUAAAUGAAAUGGCCUUAUUGAUCAAAAACUAGAUUUAAAAAAAUUUUUUAAAUUAAAAAAAAUUAUAUUACUUUAGAUAUUCACCCAAGCCUUAUUUACUCGAUGGUUUCCCUCGCCCUUUUGUCCUCAGCCGAAGGUGUUAAUGGUUGUUGUGAUGGAUGGAAUUAUUGGAGAUCCAAGGAAACUGACUUCUGUCAAUGUUUAUACCGGUAGGUUUAUAAAUACAUUACAUUAUGUUAUGAUUCAUAUAACUUACAAAUAUUUUAAACAAAAAAAUUCGCGACGUAUUUCACAACCAAAAAUUUUUUUAAAAAAAUUGUUGUUUUUUAACAGAAAGUUUUAAGAUCGCGUAUUUUACAUUUGAAAAUCUGAUCAUUAUGACAAUUUUAGAUGACCCACGUUUCAAUCCAUACAUAGUCAAUAUACAAUUAGAAGCCGCCAACAGCCUGCUUCAAGGUAAUUCAUCGCCAAAUAUUUUUAAAAUUUGAAUUUUUACGCUUUAUUUUUUACUCUUUUUAAGUUUAUAUUAAUACAAGUUUAAAAUUUGACUUUUUUUAAACUUAAAGUUUGGUUUAUUUUAAGUCUAAUAUACCUUUUUCGAGCCAACAAUUUUUUAUUUGUAAACUUAAAUUUUUUUAAUUUUUAUGCUUAGAAUCUAAUCAUUCUUGAUCUUACACUUCUGCUUUAUUAGGCUUAAAACAUUACCAUUUUUAAGCCUAAUAACCUUAAACUUAUUCAAACAAUUAUACAAUUAUACAUUGUACUUUCUUUCCAGGAGUACCACUAGUCGAAGCCCUAGCAGACACAAUCGAUCAAAUCGGGCUAGCUUUCCGUGAAUACUACACAAAUCAAGGAGAACCCAGACGACAUGUCAUUCCAAUGUGGGCAUGGGAAUUGGCUACGAUUAGUGUCAUUCUAGUGGUACUGGCAUUGGGAAUAGAGUGGUACAUUGUGAGACGGAAGAUUGCUAGUAAUAGAUCGUCGGCUGGGCUCAAAGUUGAUGCUGUUAGGUCUAAAACUCAUCUUAUUUUUUGA